CUUCUGAUGGCACUUCAACACGAAGAAAGGAAGAAGACGUGUCUUUUUACUAUCAGCAAAUCAAACAUCACUUUUGAGAAAACUGAUAUACCCGAUGUUGUUGUUAAUAUCAAUGCAAUUGUGUUUGAAAACAACGAAGACGAUAAAGAAAUAUCAGUGAAUGAAGAGAGUCGUGAACUCAUAUGUGUUGGUAAUAGUGGCAACAACACAAUUAAAGUCCAAUUUUCAACAAAAGAGAAUUGCUACAAAUACACAAUUCGAACUUCACCAAAUAUAGCAACAAUACCAAAAGGUAAAGCAAUCGAAUUUGAAGUGUUUCUGAAACCAUUGUGCAGUUGUCAAAUUGAUGACAUCAUUGUCUUAAUUUCUUCCAAUUUGAAGAAAGGUGAAAUUUCAAAUAUGCACAUUAGUAUCAAAGCAAAAACACAACUUUCGACACAACUUGAUCCUGAUGAAUUGGAAGAAGAUAAGAAGCUUGGCGAAGGCUCGUUUGGUAUUGUUUAUAAAGGCACAUUCAGAAGCAACACCGUUGCUAUCAAGAAGAUGAAACAGUUCACAGAUGACCAAAAGUCGCUUGACGAAUUUGAGAAGGAAGUAGACAUGUUGGACAAAUUCAGAUGCGAUUAUAUUGUCCAUUUUUAUGGCGCUGUGUUUAUGACAAACAAAAUUUGUUUGGUCACCGAAUUUGCAGAAUAUGGGAGUUUACAAGACUUGAUGAAACACAAACAAUCAAGUGAAGUUGACAUGCAAACUCGACUUAAAAUGAUGUUGGACUCUGCAAACGGGAUUGUGUAUUUGCACAUAAAUGGGAUAUUACACAGAGACAUCAAACCAGACAACUUUCUUGUGUUUUCGUUGAAUAAAAAAGACAAAGUCAACGCAAAACUGACCGAUUUUGGAAGUGCAAGAAAUGUCAAUUUAUUGACAACUAACAUGACAUUCACAAAAGGUGUUGGCACACCAAAGUAUAUGGCGCCUGAAAUACUCAACAGGGAGAAAUACAAGAAAGAGGCGGACGUCUAUUCAUUUGCUGUAACAAUGUUUGAGUGUUUCAAAUGGGGUGAAAUAUACCCCAAAAAGGAUUUCCAAUUUGCUUGGUCAAUUGCAGACUUUGUAUCUGCUGGGAAACGAGUCCAAAGAGAUAAAAAUAUUCCAGAACCCUAUUUUGAAAUCAUCAAACAGUGUUGGACUCAAAAGAAGCGUGACCGUGUUCCUAUUGAAUCAGUUGUCGAAAUGCUAAAUAACGAAAUGAUAAAAUAA